CUGACUAGACCAACCCCCAAUCCCGUGGACCAAGAUACUCUGUAAAGCCAUCACUUGACAGCCAUUCAGGAUUACGUAAGAUUCGGUUUUUGAACGUUGUAUUGCAACAAGAAGAAUGGCUUUUUCCACAACUAAAAAAAUUUUGAUUUGGAUGACAUUGAAGAAAGAACACCAGGGGAUGAUGGCAGUGUGGCCGGACGUUAUUCGCGAUAUUACGGAAGUGGUUACAAAUUUAAACAUUCCUGAUGUUGAUAAAUGGUUGGAAAAAGUAUUGCAGUAUAAUGUCCCAACAACAAAGAAACUUUUUGGUUUAUCAUUAAUCUAUUUUUGUAAAUCGCUAGUACCUAAGGAACAACAGACAGAAGAUAAUAUUCGCUUAAUGCGAAUUUUAGCAUGGUGUGUAGAAAUGAUAUUAUCCCGUUUAGUCAUAAUCGACGACAUCAUGGAUCAAUCGUCAUUUCGUCGAGGCCAACCAUGUUGGUAUCGAUACAAUAAUAUUGGUUUAAUGGCAAUCAAUGACGGUUUAUUAUUAGAGAACGCUGUAUAUUAUUUAAUUAAAAAACAUUUUAAAGAAAAAGAAUGUUAUAUUAAUUUAGUGGAAACAUACCAAGAUGCUAUUUUCAAGACACAACUAGGUCAGAGUUUAGAUAUGUACUUGACUAAAUGCAACAAGAAACCUAAUGACUUAGUAAAUCUGGAUCUAUUUACAAUGAAUCGAUUUAGUUUACUUAGUACAUAUAAAGCAUAUUUAAUAGUUACACCAAUAUUCGCAGCAAUGCAUUUUGCUGGAAUAAAAGAUCCGGAGAUGUUCAAGGAAGCAAAAAACAUCUUAUUAGACAUUGCGUAUUUAAUACAAGUUCGAGACGAUUAUUUAGGCUGCUUUGGAAAUUAUGAAACUAUCCGAAAAAUAAGUACUGAUAUAGAAGAAGGAAAAUGUUCAUGGGUAGUUGUUACGGCUCUUCAACGCGUCACUCCAGAACAGCGUAAAAUUUUAGAAGAAUGUUAUGGAGUUUCGGAUCCAGAGAAAGUGAGACGUGUGAAACAGCUCUUCACUGAUCUAGAUUUGCCAAACAUAUAUUCUAAACAUGAAAGAGACAUGUACAAUCAAAUAAAUGAACGAAUACAGCAAAUGUCAUGUGGACUUCUACGCAAUAAUUUCUUCAAUUUAUUAAAAAUGAUUUGUCACAAUGAGGAAUAUUAUUUUUAAACUGUCAUUUUAGAAACGUGUAUUUUUUUCAAGGAAGAGUUCAACAUAGAUUAUUUAAGGUAGAAUAAUUUAUUUUCUUAUAUUCACACAAGUAAAAAAUCUUUGUUUUAAUUAAAGCUCGCAGAAAAUAAUGAAUAUUUGGCGGUGCUCUCUGUGUUAGUGAUACAUAAUAGUAUAUGCUAUCAUAGAAGAAACAUUUUUAGAUUUAAUAUAUAUUCGAAUUUUUUAAUCCAUUUUUUUAUAUUUUUUUUGCAAAUAACAGUACACGUUAAUAUUUUUUCAUCACUAUUGCAUUUUAUCGUAAUACUUAUAUCGUAGUAGGUUGUGGUUCACCAUGGUGUUUGUAAGUAUUAUUUGUUUAGUUUUUGAUACAAUUUUAUAUCAAAUAUUACUAUGUAUGA